AUGGCUACCAAGGAUGAUUCACCAAACUAUGAAAUUAACAACGGAGACGUGAAUAUCAGCAAUCAUUACUUCGGAAAUCACUUUCGUUGGACUCAGCCGCCUGGCGAUGAACCUAAAACCAUGGAAGAGGCCCAGGCCCGGAUUGACAAGCUCUACGAGUCUGGAGUACCGUUCUUUUCGAAGGAGAUGAUUCGGUUUGCCUUUGAGCAGUGCCAGCGCAAACCUCCUCGCGGGAAGAUGCUGUACACCAAAGAUAUCACUGGGGCAAUGGUCGAGUUUGAGAGUCAGACGGGGGAUGUUAAGGGGGAGAUUGACAAGGAUGGUGUUGAGUUGGAGUAUAUCCUACUCGAUCCAGUGCUUUCAUAUGACUGUCGCGCUCAUCUGAAACACCAUCUCUGGUGGGCAGGCAUAAGGGAAGACCGGCCCCCAUUCUGCAGUCUGACCAUUCAACAUCCCUCGCUGAAAUUCAAGAAAGAGACCAAAGAGCCCGUGGAUCCCUGGCCAACACAGCCCCGCGAAAAAGUCUCCCAGAAAUUCCAGGCCCAUGUCCAGGAUUGGCGAGAAACCGAGGUUGCCAAGAAACUCGUUCAGACUCUCACUGCACAUACGGCAACUCAUCGCAUCACCAAUAUUGUUGGCCUUGCUUUGGGUGCUAUUUCAUACGAUUAUGAUGAUCGUCCGCGCUCGUAUAUUCAGCAUGCUCUGUUGCUGGUGCUGCGCGAAUGGUUGGCUGGGCGAGAUGGGAGGCGGGAUGUCAAGUGCUAUGCCCAAGAUCCUGGCUACCGGUGUGUGGACAGUGAGGUAUUGAAAGAGCAUGGGAUGGAGGUUAUCGAUGAUCCCCGGGCAUGGCUGGAAAUCGACGACGAGUCGAUUGUGUUCUCGGUGAGUCCGAAUGUGCCCGUCAAGGAAAUCGUGGCGGACAUUGCUCGGCCGGCGGUUAUUAUCUGGGAGCGGGUGGGAUUUGAGGAUGGAGAUCAAGAGGGGAAGAUGUCUAGCACUGAUCCUAGUUCUCCUCGGGUGCGGGCCAUGUUGGAGAAGUAUGAGUUGUUUGACUUUGGGGCAGAGGAGGAUGAUGACUUUUGUCGGACGGUGAUGUACAUUCGACGGUGUCGGGGUUGA